AUGGUGACGUCGCGUACCGGGAGAGACGUGGGAGCCUUUCCCGACCUUCGCUUUGAGAGGCCCUGGUCCUGCUGCCCCGUCACCUGCCCAGGCGGCCUCGCUGCAGAGGUCGCUUCCUCUGCCAGUGUCACAGGUUCUAGCUUUGUGAGCUCGAGGCCCACGCGGUGGGCUCCGAGGCGCACACUGACACUGCUCUUCCCUCCGCAGUGUGCAGGAGAAGAGAACUGGGUGGACAGCCGGACCAUCUACGUGGGACACAAGGAGCCCCCUCCCGGGGCAGAGGCCUACAUUCCACAGAGAUACCCUGACAACAGAAUCGUCUCCUCCAAGUACACAUUUUGGAACUUCAUUCCCAAGAACUUAUUUGAACAAUUCAGGAGAAUAGCCAACUUUUAUUUUCUCAUCAUCUUUCUGGUGCAGUUGAUCAUCGACACACCCACAAGUCCAGUGACUAGCGGGCUCCCACUCUUCUUUGUCAUCACUGUCACCGCCAUCAAGCAGGGUUAUGAAGACUGGCUUCGUCACAAGGCAGAUAAUGCCAUGAACCAGUGUCCGGUGCACUUCAUUCAGCAUGGCAAGCUGGUCCGGAAGCAGAGCCGGAAGCUGAGGGUCGGGGACAUCGUCAUGGUCAAGGAAGAUGAGACCUUCCCCUGUGAUUUGAUCUUCCUUUCCAGCAACCGGGCCGACGGGACCUGCCAUGUCACCACCGCCAGCCUCGACGGAGAGUCGAGUCACAAAACCCACUACGCGGUGCCGGACACGAAGGGCUUCCACACGGAGGAGGACGUCGACAGGCUGCACGCCACCAUCGAGUGCGAGCAGCCGCAGCCCGACCUCUACAAGUUUGUGGGGCGCAUCAAUGUUUACAGUGAGCAGCAGGACCCCGUGGUGAGGCCGCUGGGCGCAGAGAACGUGCUUCUCAGAGGAGCGACGCUCAAGAAUACCGAGAAGAUCUUCGGGGUGGCGAUCUACACGGGCAUGGAGACCAAGAUGGCCUUGAACUAUCAGUCCAAGUCCCAGAAGCGCUCUGCUGUGGAAAAGUCGAUGAACGCGUUCCUCAUCGUGUACCUCUGCAUCCUGAUCAGCAAGGCUCUGGUCAACACCGUCCUCAAGUACGUGUGGCAGAGCGAGCCGUUCCGAGAUGAGCCCUGGUACAACCAGAAAACCGAGGCAGAGAGACAGCGGAGUCUGUUCCUCAGGGCCUUCACCGACUUCCUGGCCUUCAUGGUCCUCUUCAACUACAUCAUCCCCGUGUCCAUGUACGUCACAGUUGAGAUGCAGAAGUUCCUGGGCUCCUACUUCAUCACCUGGGACGAAGACAUGUUUGACGAGGAGAUGGGCGAGGGGCCCCUGGUCAACACCUCCGACCUCAACGAGGAGCUGGGGCAGGUGGAGUACAUCUUCACGGACAAGACGGGCACGCUCACGGAGAACAACAUGGCCUUCCGGGAGUGCUGCAUCGAGGGCCACGUCUACGUGCCCCACGUCGUCUGCAACGGGCAGGUCCUCCCCGACGCGGCGGGCAUCGACAUGAUCGACUCCUCCCCCGGCGUCAGCGGGAAGGAGCGGGAAGAGCUGUUUUUCCGGGCCCUCUGCCUCUGCCACACCGUCCAAGUGAAAGAGGAUGACCACGUGGACCUGGGGGAUGGCCCUGGGAAGUCGCCAGACUCGGCCAAGUCCUGCGUGUACAUAUCGUCCUCGCCUGACGAGGUGGCCCUGGUUGAAGGCGUGCAGAGGCUUGGUUUCACAUACCUAAGGCUGAAAGAUAAUUUCAUGGAGAUACUGAACCGAGACAACGACCUGGAGAGAUUUGAGUUACUGGAAGUUCUGAGUUUUGACUCUGUAAGAAGGAGAAUGAGCGUCAUCGUAAAAUCUGCUGCAGGAGAAAUUUACCUGUUUUGCAAAGGAGCAGACUCUUCUAUAUUUCCCAGAGUCAUAGAGGGCAAGGUGGACCAGAUCCGGUCCAGAGUGGAGCGCAACGCGGUGGAGGGGCUGCGGACCCUGUGUGUGGCCUACAAGCAGCUGCUUCCGGAGGAGUACCAGGGCGUGUGCGCGCUGCUGCAGGCCGCCAAGGUGGCCCUGCAAGACCGAGAGAAAAAACUGGCGGAAGCCUACGAGCAGAUUGAGAAAGAUCUUGUUCUGCUUGGUGCUACAGCCGUCGAAGACCGGCUCCAGGAGAAGGCCGCAGACACCAUCGAGGCACUGCAGAAGGCAGGCAUCAAGGUCUGGGUGCUCACGGGGGACAAGAUGGAGACCGCUGCGGCCACCUGCUACGCCUGCAAGCUGUUCCGGAGAGGCACGCAGCUUCUGGAGCUGACGACCAAGAGGAUCGAGGAGCAGAGCCUGCACGACGUGCUGUUCGAGCUGAGCAAGACCGUGCUGCGCUGCAGCGGGAGUCUCACCAGGGACACCUUCUCGGGGCUCUCCACGGACAUGCAUGACUACGGGCUAAUCAUCGACGGAGCCACGCUGUCCCUGGUCAUGAAGCCCCGGGAGGACGGGAGUUCCAGCAACUACCGGGAGCUCUUCCUGGAGAUCUGCCGCAACUGCAGCGCCGUGCUGUGCUGCCGCAUGGCGCCGCUGCAGAAGGCCCAGAUUGUUAAGUUAAUCAAGUUUUCAAAGGAGCACCCUAUCACGCUGGCCAUCGGUGACGGCGCAAAUGACGUCAGCAUGAUCCUGGAGGCGCACGUGGGCAUAGGGGUCAUCGGCAAGGAGGGCCGGCAGGCCGCCAGGAACAGCGACUACGCGAUACCCAAGUUCAAGCACCUGAAGAAGAUGCUCCUCGUUCACGGGCACUUUUAUUACAUUAGGAUAGCUGAGCUGGUGCAGUACUUCUUUUAUAAGAACGUCUGCUUCAUUUUCCCUCAGUUUUUAUACCAGUUCUUCUGUGGAUUUUCACAGCAGACUUUGUAUGAUACUGCGUAUCUGACCCUCUACAAUAUCAGCUUCACGUCCCUGCCCAUUCUUCUGUACAGCCUGAUGGAGCAGCAUGUCAGCAUGGAGGUGCUCAAGAGAGACCCCACUCUGUACAGAGACAUCGCCAAGAACGCACUGCUUCGCUGGCGAGUGUUCAUUUACUGGACAUUCCUGGGCGUCUUCGACGCGUUGGUAUUUUUCUUUGGUGCUUAUUUCAUGUUUGAAAACACUCCAGUGACCAGCAACGGACAGAUGUUUGGGAACUGGACCUUCGGGACGCUGGUGUUCACUGUGAUGGUGUUCACAGUCACGCUGAAGCUGGCGCUGGACACACACUACUGGACCUGGAUAAACCACUUUGUCAUCUGGGGAUCGCUGCUGUUCUACGUCGCCUUCUCCCUGCUCUGGGGCGGGAUCCUCUGGCCGUUCCUCAGCUACCAGAGGAUGUACUACGUGUUCCUACACAUGCUGUCCAGCGGGCCCGCCUGGCUGGCCAUCGCCCUGCUCAUCACCGUCAGCCUCCUCCCGGACGUGCUGAAGAAGGUCCUGUGCCGGCAGCUGUGGCCCACGGCCACGGAGAAGACCCAGAGCGUGCGGCUGUGGCGCUUCGUGUCGGAGUUCGCUCCUCUUACCUCUUUGCGGAGCUCAGGCUGUCAGAACUCUGGGCGCCUGGCUGCGCCCCGUGGCUCCUCCCCGAGGCCCGUGGCCUGUGUGUUCUGGAGGAGCGAGGAGUACUGCGUGCUCCCGCCCCCCCGGGGCCCCCCACCCCUCUGCGGCUCCAGCGUGAGGCUCGGCCGGUGGGGGUCCCGCCUCGGCCCCAGCCCCUGACCGCCGUGCUUUGAG